ACAACCUCAACAACCAACACCAUGUGUGGCAACUACUACAGAAACUAUGAUGGCGGCCUUGGCUACGGGUGCUGUGGCUACGGAGGCCUGGGCUGUGGCUAUGGAGGCCUGGACUGUGGCUAUGGAGGCCUGGGCUGUGGCUAUGGAGGCCUGGGCUGUGGCUCUGGCUCCUUCUGUGGCUAUGGCUCCUUCUGUGGCUGUGGCUAUGGAGGCCUGGGCCGUGGCUCUGGCUCCUUCUGUGGCUGUGGCUAUAGAUGCGGCUCUGGCUCUGGCUCCAGCUUUGGCCACUACUAUUGAGGACACCAUGGGAGACUCUCACCCUCUAUCCUGUGACAUUGGGAUUCGCCAAUUCUGAAGCCCACAUGCUCUGAGCCUUUCCCUUGAUUGAUGAUAUCCUGCCCUGGAAGUCUAAUGUGAUCUGUUGUUGACCUACCAUGUUACCCAAAAAUACCCUGAGUUUCCAUGAUGAAGUGGGAUAAGGUGAAGUUCACCUGUCACUUCUCCUUUUAUCAGGAGGAUAGUGUCACAGUGACUCCUUUGAUGACUUUCAUGCUGCAGUUUGUUUCUCUGCUGACCUAAUAAACACAU